AUGACUGAAAAGUCGACACCGCUGUCGACGCAAUUCGUGCCUCCGAGUCAGACGACCGCCGCUGGCCUUGCCUCGCCUCCACCACUGCUGCAAAGCGCUCCUAAGAGCAAGGUCGAGGCGGUCGAAGAAGAGCCGUACACCAUAAAGUGCAUCUGCGGCUUUUCUGACGAUGACGGGAACACGAUUUAUUGCGAGACAUGCGACUCUUGGCAGCACAUCGAGUGCUAUUACCCAAACAACAUUCAGGAGGCAUACCGAGAAGAUUUCGCGCACUCUUGCGUAGACUGCAAGUUUCGUCCUCUCGACCACCAACGCGCCUUUGAGCAUCAGAGCCUUCGCAAGAGCAACCUCAGCACGACGGAAGUUCCUGACCGUUCAAAGAAGCGGCCCCCCUCGAAGAGCCACAAGAAGAAGAAACCUGCCGAUGUCCAAGUAAACGGCCAGACUGCCCACGAUCCAUUCGCGAAAGGGGUCCCGGAUAAUGCUGGCGCCCAAGGCCACCGGAAAUCCAAAAGUUUACACCGUUCAAGCCAAUCUGUCAGCUCCAAGGAUCCCAAGCGGAGCCCCUCCUUUGGUCAGAAGCCAGGAAACCCUCAUGGCCAUCCGCCGAGUCCGGCCACGACACCGCCUGACAAUCUCCCACAAGAGCUUGAAGUCCACAACUACUCCAGCGGCUUCCACGACUUGUACAAGGAAGAGAAUGACUUCCCUAUCGUGCAAACAAAUUCUUUCGUCAGCCUCGUCAUCUCCAACAUUCUCUCAUUAUGGCUGCGCGACCACGACAAACUGAAGGAAGAGACGGGCUGCGACUAUGCUGACGUGUUCCAACCACUGCCCCCCAACACUGACUCUGGAAAGAAUGCACCAGUUGUGGAACAUAAGAAGGAGGUCCUGCCAGACAUCGGUCUGCCACUGCACUGGCAAUACUUGCGGGCGCCUAAUGCUGUCGAUAAGGACGUCCCCCUCAUCGAGCUGAACGGUCAGAUCGGUAUACAAAAGAAUUACUGUGAAGAUCCAGAGAAUCGGUGGUCCGAGUUGAGCUCGCCGCUGCCGUUUGUCUUCUUCCACCCUAUGCUUCCCAUCUACAUCGAUACAAGGAAGGAAGGCUCGCAAGCUCGUUAUGUGCGACGAAGCUGCCAACCUAACGCGAUCUUGGACACAUUUCUAUCGGGCGGUUCAGAGUAUCAUUUCUGGCUCGUCAGCGACCGCCCAAUCACCCAGGACGAGGAGAUCACAAUCCCAUGGGACUUCCGACUGCCAAAACAAGCCCGGAUGCUCCAGCUUCUUGGACUUGGCGAUGAUGGCGCCAGACCACAGCCCGAAUUCGACGCGAACGAUUUGGAGAGCUACCACCAGACGGCAAGCUGGGUCCACACUGUCUUGUCCGAGUAUGGGGGGUGCGCGUGCGAACUUGGGCCUGAAUGUGCUUUUGCGCGGUUCCACCGUACAUACAUCAGCAGAGUGCACCCAAAGUCGCUGGCGAAGAAGAAGUCUCGAAAGACCAAGACCAACGGACUGUCGCCGACAGGUGUGAACCCGAGCAACAACAGUCGUGCUGCUAGCGAGGGGCAUGGCGAAGAUGGCGUGGAGAACGACUCUGGGUCUUCUCGAAGCAAACCACCCAGUAGAGACAUGACACCAGCUCGGCAAGGAUCCUUUGAUACCCUCGGCGUUCUUACAGAAAUGACGGACCGGGAAAAGAGAAAAGUCCAAAUGGCCGAAGAUACCUUCCGACGUAUGGAGCAGCAGCAGCCACCACGAAAGAAGAAGCGGACCUCGGAUGGAACCAACGGCUCUACCUCGUCAAAGUCAAAGACGCCCAAAUUGACUCAGGGCACCUCCACAGGCACUAAUGGUGCCUCUGAACGUCGUUAUGUCGAUGCCGGGACAUCGCGGCGCGUGUCUGGGUCUCCCGCGAUCUCACCUGGAGCUGGGGACGUCCGCAUGCGUUCUGUCGCAUCCUCCGAGGAAGACGCCAAAGUCUCUAGGACCGUGGCCACUGGCCAGACCCCCCAGUACCGCGAUUGCGGGGUGCAAACCGAUCCCGUUGAAGGAGAGUGGUUCAGCCCGCCACCGCAGACACCGAAACCUAGGAAGAGGGUCAUCUCCCUUUCGAAACGACUUCUUCAGAACCGUUAUCGCUACAGAGCGGAUGAUCACUCUUGUCGCCGAUCCAUCGGCUCUCCUUCAUCCGUUGUUUCCGCUCUGAUCAAGAUGGACCUUGAUUCCCCUACCAUCAGUCCGAGGUCACCCAUUCUGAACCAUUCCAGCAUCAAGACAACCAUGACCGUCUCGUCCACAACAGAGCCCGCGAUGGCCGACACCCCCGUGUCCUCAGCCAGCAACGCGAAAGAGUCUUCUGACGAGUCCGAGACUCAGACAGCGGUGGUUGUUAAAGCUCAGUCGCCUGAGAUGCGUGUGCAAUUGCCUCCCGUGCCCACGUUUGAGAGCGCGGAAAGUGGGAAUGCGCCCAAGGCUUCUCCUGCUGCUACUACGACCCCUGUGAUCCAGUCCCCGACCAUCAACAUCAGCAUGGCUAGCCCAUUUGCGCCAUCCGCGGUCAACGGGAUCGCUGCUCACCCCAGUCCGGUCAAGAAGAAGUUGAGCCUGAGUGAUUACACAAAGAGCAGACUGAACAAGGCUGCGGCGACAAAGCCUUCAACAACUCCCCUCAAGAUAUCGGUGCCUGCUCUUGACGAUGUCAAGUCACCGACCACGGAUGUCGUCAUGGUGGACUCCAACAUGGAAGAAAAGUCUCCGUCUUGA